CCUGGCUAUAUGUAGUAGCUGACGGAUCAAUCGGUGUUUUCUUACCCCGCUACUUAUCGGGCGAGUUGACAAUGGCAUGAUUUAUAACUCUCCAAGUCCCAUGAUGCCGCCCAUGGUAGAUAGAAGUAUCACAUAGAUGUUCAUAGGCGAAUUGUCUUCUUGCCGAGCUAAUUGUAUAUAUAUCAGAAGGCACCCGAGAAUAUGCGCUUCACAACGAGCUGGGUACCUCUAGCGACCGCACUGGCUAGUACCAUGCCAGCCCAGGUGGUCGCGUCCAUUGAAAAUCCAAGCCUACUGCCGACGCCGCCUAUGGGAUUUAAUAACUGGGCCCGAUUCAUGUGCGACCUGAAUGAGACACUGUUCGUCGACACUGCGGACGCAAUGGCCUCCACCGGUCUAUUAGAAGCGGGCUAUAACCGUAUCAAUCUGGACGACUGCUGGAUGAACUAUGAUCGCGCGGACAAUGGGUCACUUGAAUGGAACAUCACCAAGUUCCCACGCGGUCUUCCCUGGCUUGGGCAAUACGUCAAAUCUAAAGGCUUCAACUUUGGCAUCUACGAGGAUUCAGGGAACCUGACCUGCGGUGGCUAUCCUGGAUCCGAGGGUUACGAGGAAAUUGACGCCGAAACAUUCGCGGCAUGGGGCAUCGACUAUCUGAAAUUAGAUGGAUGUAACGUCUAUCCGAAGGAGGGUCGCAACUUGCAGGAAGAAUACAAAUACCUCUACAGCCAUUGGCACGACAUACUCAGCAGGAUGCAGCAGCCACUAAUAUUCUCCGAGUCAGCGCCUGCGUACUUCUCCAUGACUGACAAUCUCACUGAUUGGCAUACGGUCAUGGACUGGGUUCCUGAAUACGGCGAGCUCGCCCGGCACUCGGAUGACAUUAUCGUCUACGGUGGAGAAGGUAGUGCCUGGGACAGCAUCAUGACCAACUAUAGGUUCAACACGCUGGUGGCUCGGUAUCAACGUCCUGGGUAUUACAAUGACCCUGACUUCCUGAUCUCUGACCAUCCGGGACUUUCGCUCGACGAAAAGCGAUCUCAAUUCGCACUUUGGGCAUCCUUCUCGGCACCCUUGUUCAUCAGUGCCCAUAUCCCUGAUUUAUCAUCCGAAGACUUAAAGUACUUGACGAAUCAAGCCCUAAUUGAAGUUGAUCAGGAUCCACUAGCUCAACAGGCAACACUAGCGAGCCGGGAUAGUUCCCUCGAUAUCUUGACUCGUAGUCUUGCCGACGGUUCCCGAUUAGCCACCAUCCUCAACCAUGGUAGCGAUCCAGCCGAAACAGACAUCUCUCUGGAUAUACUCGGCCUGUCCACCGAUUGUACAUACAAGUCACAGGAUCUGUGGGAUGGGUCGACCCAGAACAUCAAAGAUACUAUACAUGUUAAGCUAGACACACACGCGACCGCUGUGUACAAAAUAGAAAUCGACCAAAAGUGCUCUGCAGUUACACCCACCGGUAUCAUCUUUAACACGGCCUCCGGAAAGUGCCUGACGGGCACCACAUCAUCCGUGGGAUUUGAAUCCUGCAAUGGGAGCAAAUCGCAGAUAUGGAAAGUUGACGCAUCGGGGUUGAUCCGCACAUUGUCUGAUCCAUCGAAAUGUUUGACGGCGGAUGAUAAAGCCAUAUCCCUAAAGGAGUGCAAAGAGGAUGGUGCGCAGAAAUGGUCUUAUGUAACCACAGGGAAUCUAAAGAACCUUGACACCGGCAACUGCUUGACGGAGGGGGAAGGUAUUUCUGCUUGUGGCUUCGAAGUCAAUAACCAGGUGUUUGGGUUGCCUGCUGGUGUUCAGCUCGCAUGAUGGCUUUUGAGCCGUUCUGUAUUCACCAUGGUCAGGAGAUGAAGAACAGGCAGCUCUAUGGUAAACUAAAUAGUAGGAUCGCAACAACUAUAAAUGGAAUAAGAUCUCGAACUAUGGAGCUUGCGAGCCGACUACCAAAUAAUUAGUCAACCCAUGUGCAC